AUGAUCUGGGAAAUUUUGGCGACUGUGAACACGGAGCAGGGCGAUUCAUUUUUCUGUUCUUUUGGGCAGUUGUCCAUUCGGGGCUGGGCAUGGAACGAUUCGGGUGCCAAAAGCGUCGGAGGGGCAACCUAUGAUUCGAUUUGCGAGCAUACAAUCGGCGUGGGCGUGGAUUCCGACAUCUGGUUUGACUCGAAUGGGUUGGGACUGGGAAACGCACAUCCGGGGAGUUGGUACAAGCACACAAGACGACUCUUCUUUCUUCACACGGCGAAAAAAAUCACAAAAAACAGGGGUUUGGGGAUCGGGGUGUUUCUGGCUUGCUACUUGGGGGGAUCCUUUUUUCCUUGUCUUCCUGCUAUGGGGUUUUCUACACCGGAGGUUGCGCCGCAGGAGUUCUUCACUUGCCUUUCAGCCCUCGACCGCUCCUGGGAUACCAGAACGGCCGGAGCCAUAAUGGGUUUUCGUGAUUCCCUUCGACAUGGAAAAGACAGGGAAACUUGGCCGCAUCAAGAUGGGGGAUUUUUGCUGGGAAAGAUGCGGAUAGAUCAUCACAUGGGUUUGCGUUGGAGACGGAACGGAUGGACUGCUUUCUCUUUAGUUUUCUUUUGGCACACACGCUCGCUCAGGAUGGAGCAGCAACCUAAUGAAAAAAAUAUAUGGAUUUGGUCUCCCCCCAAGGCUGUCUGGUUCCUCAUCAUUCGAACUUCACCUCGUGAUUAA